AUGCAGCGCGCGGCUCAGCACGCAGUGGCCCUCACUACCAGGCGAUGCGCGGGCUGGGGAGCAGCGGCGUCGUGGCAGCAGGCUCGAGGCUUCGCGAUCGGCACCGACACUGGCAACGACACGCACGAUGAUUUCAAGCCAAAGUACAAGGCAGAGCCGGCUUCGGACGCUGCGGAGCAGAUCAAGCGGGACAUUGCGGCCAACAAGGUGUUCAUUUACAUGAAGGGCACGCCAGACGCGCCGCAGUGCGGCUUCAGCAAUAUGGCAUGCCGCAUCCUGGACGCUUACGGCCUCAAGUAUGGGUCCAGCAACGUGCUAGCUGACGCGGGCAUCAGGGAGGGGGUCAAAAAGUUCACGGACUGGCCGACCAUCCCGCAGGUGUUUGUGAAGGGCGAGUUCAUCGGCGGCAGCGAUGUCCUGAUGGAGAUGCACAACAGCGGGGAGAUGGCCAAGCUGGUGGAGUCACUAGAGACCGACGCCGGCAAGCAGUAG